UAAUAUUUGUACGUUAGUUUGAUUUUCAGUUUACUUCACAAGUUCCGUCUGAGUUUGGAUAUAGGAAAGCCUCAAAACAGAAUCAUGGGUGAAGCGAAUCAGGAGGAAAGCUGUUGGGGUAUGUUAGUUGACUGUGAAUCUUAUGGACGUCACGGGGACACAAAGCAUGAUUAUAAGAUUAUCUCCUAUGAAGAUGCAAAGACACAGUAUAAAGAACACAUGCAUGCUUCACACGGAAUGCUAUACGCAAAGAAUGACUUUAUCUUAUGGGAUCUUUACUCGACCAAGGCUGCGAUCCUGAUGCAGUUGAGGUUUGAUGGUCUGUUAGGGUUUCCUGGUGGUUUGGUUGACCCAGGGGAAGAUCCCGUUACAGGUUUGAACCGUGAAAUGCACGAGGAAAUAGCGCUGGAUUUAAACAAACACAGUUUUAAAGAUGAAAAUCACUCUGUGACUUUUUUACACGAGAAGAAGAAAUUAGUGUUACAUUUUUACAUUAAAGAGGUUACUUUAGAAGAGUUCAAGGGGAUAGAAGAGAAAUGUCCACAGGCGCAUGAGUACGGCAUAGAGACUUUGGGUAGUUUUCGACCACCGUUAUUUACAAUGGGAGACAAUUUCAGGGGAUUUCCAACAUUUUUAUGUAAUUAAUUUGCCA